AUGGGACACCUCGCUUCGUUGUUUUCCAUGUCCGAGUCGACUGUCUACUUCAUUUACAAAAUGGCGACUUCAGCACCAUCGCCGUGCCUCUUUGACGGGUGCACCAACCCGUCGCUGCCGUCGCGCAACAAGUGUCACUUUCAUCGGUACCGCUCCAAGUGCAGCGUCGACGACUGCUUCAAUCAAGUCUACGCGCGGCGUCUCUGCGUGAGCCACGGCGGCAAGAAGCUCUGCAAGCACCCAAACUGCGCGACGCCCGCCCGCGUCGGCGACUACUGCACCAAACACACGACGCGCGUCCCAGUCGCUUGCCAAUUCGCCGGCGGCUGCGCCCGCCCCGCCACCGCCGGCGGUGUGUGCACACUACAUGGCGGUGGCACACCGUGUGCAGUCGACUGCUGCUUGAUGCCGGCGCGGGUGGGACAAUUUUGCUGGAACCACCGCAACCGGAUCAUGCCAAGUACGACGGCGAUGACGCCCGACAACUGCGACGCGCUGGCACUCAUGCUCGAUGAAUGGGCCUCGACGGACGGACCCCACUUGGAGCUUCAGGACAUUGAUUUGGACGGCAUCUUGGACGACAUUAUCGCAUUUAGCAGCGCGUCACAAAGCAGAUACGAUUGA